GCUUUUAUCACCGAAAAUCGAAGAGCCCUAAAUUUUUCGUUUGACAUUCGAUUUCUCUGUAAAUCUUCCCUCAUCCCAUGCAUUUCUCCACUGAAAUUUGCAGGAAUUUGUCUCUCUAAAAGUUUCCGGACGCUGUUUUAUCUUCUCUCUCUUUCGGUCGUUCAGCAAUGGGUGCAGGGAGGAAGACAGAGACCUAUACACUGGCUCCCGAUGGCUAUAACUCAUAUGGAACUAUGUGUGUGAGGAAUCUUAAGAAGGGAGAUCUUUGUGGGGUUAUAUUUGGUUGCAAGUUCAGCACUAUCAAAGAAUGCCACGCUAAGAAAUUGUUUGGUUUACCAGCCCCUCACAUGGCAUAUAUCAAGAACAUCGAUCCCGGUUUGACACUAUUCCUGUUCAACUACAGUGAUAGAACACUUCACGGCAUCUAUGAAGCUGCAAGUGAAGGACAACUGAACAUUGAUCCCAAAGCUUGGUCUCCAAAUGGGACAGAUCCAACUCCAUAUCCUGCUCAGGUAAAGGUACGAGUCCGAGUGCGUUGUGAGCCCUUGGCUGAAGAAAAGUUUAGUCCAGUGAUUGCUGAUAAUUACCAGGAUGACAAGGUGUUUUGGUUUGAGCUAGACCGAGGUCAGACCAACAAGCUGCUCCGAUUGUUUUCACCAUCACCAUAUGUAAGGGCACCAUCAACAUCCAAAUAUGCUGCUGCACCAUCCAAAAAGGCUAUUCCAGCAUCUUGUCUUGUAGAGAUAGGUGACUUAGGAGCACCGCGUGUUGAUAAGUGGAGCAGUCUUUUCAAAUCUUCAGAUGAUUCGAGUGAAAACAAAGGAAAAGAAGUUGCAGUCAGUCACGGAGAAGGUUCAAGAGUAGUCACUAGAGGAUGGGAAGUAGCUGCCAGUAAUGCGGAUGAGCAAAAAGCUAAAAUAUCGGCGUCACAAUCUGGUCCAUCUUACUCAUCAGUACUGAGAAAGAUGAAUGAAUCUUCAAACAUGGAAAAGAAAACUUUCCAGACAAAUGAAGUUCCAUCUCAAGCAAGUAAAGGAGUUGAAGAUCCUUGGUCAUCUGCUUCUCGAGUACAUUCUGUACGCCAAGACAACGGAGGAUUCAGAAAUGCUUGCAGGGAAGGGGAAUAUGUCAAAAUGAAUGCUUCUCAUCAGCAAAAUCUCCAUCCAGCACAAAAGGGAACUUCUACGAUAGCUAACAAUGUAAUAGGACCAAGCAAGGAAGAUUCUGCUGAGGAAGCAUAUUCAGAGAUCGAUUGGGAUGCUGCAUCAUCCUUCAAAGUCCAUCUGGAUGGACUGAACAGAAUAUUGGAGGAUCCUAGGGAUAAGGAUUGUUUCAAGAGAUUUGAAGGAAACAUGGGAUUUGCCUCUUCUUCUAAGGUGCCCAAUCAUUGGGAAGAUGAGAAGGCUCCCUGGGAAGUUGAAGAAGGGUAUAUAGAUAAAUCGCCGUGUGGGUCCUCGUAUGUUUCCGCCACGACAGGAGAUGCACUUGAGGACAAUGGAGAAGACAAAGAGAAGCAUCAUUUCAAGACGGAAAUGGGAUCCGCCACAUUCCUGGAUAUCUUGAAUGAGAUAUUUGAGGAAGUGAAAGAGUUGAAGCAAACUCAGAUGAAACAAGCUGAGUAUAUGAUUUCCUUGGAGAUGGAGCUGCUUGAAUCAAGAAAAGAGAUACUUCGUCUGAAAGGGCUAUAUGGGAGUUCCUAAGCAUAUAAGAACAACGGAGUAAGAACCUGUUGCAAUUCCCUCUACUACUUCUUCUCUUAUGUUUUUGACAAAU